CUCUUGGUCCUCUCCCCUCCUGUUGUCUCCUUUGCCACUCCGUCCACUUCUCUCAUCCCGUCUGUUUAAGUGUUGGUGAAACCGCUGAGAGACGCUGCAACCAUGGCUGCUACUGGAUCUUUCCGUAUGGUGUCAGAGGAGGAGCAGGCCAUGAGGUCCAAGCUGGAGCAUUUGACAGUGAAGGAUCAUGGGCCAGUGUUUGGGCCUUGCCACAAACUGCCUGGCCACACUGUGCAAAAGGCAAAGGAUGAGCUGAAUGAGACGGAUGAGAGGCGGGCAUCAUCACUGAAGGACCUGCGAGCCAUGAUGAAGGAUCGGGCAGCGGAGGGAGACGACCUGGCCAAACUGGUGUUGGAGCGCUUCAGGGACAAACCCGACUCUCUGCUGCUGCGCUUCCUCAGAGCCCGCAAGUUCGAUGUUGUCAGAGCCCACGAGCUUCUGAAGGGUUAUGUGCGCUUCAGGAAAGAGUAUCCCGAGCUGUUUGAGAACCUGACCCCUGAGGCGGUCCGCAGCACCAUUGAGGCGGGCUACCCUGUGGUUCUGCCCAGCAGAGACAAGUACGGCCGCGUGGUCCUGCUCUUCAACAUCGAGAACUGGGACCUGGAGGAGAUCACAUUCGAUGAGCUCUUGAGAGCAUACUGUGUGAUCCUGGAGAAGUUGCUUGAAAAUGAAGAGACCCAGAUCAACGGCUUUGUCCUGAUCGAGAACUUCAAGGGCUUCACCAUGCAGCAUGCCUCAGGAAUUAAACCGGCUGAGCUCAAGAAGAUGGUGGACAUGCUGCAGGACUCCUUCCCCGCCCGUUUCAAGGCAGUCCACGUUACUCACCAGCCCUGGUACUUCACCACCACGUACAACGUGGUCAAACCUUUCAUGAAGAGCAAACUGCUGGAGAGGGUCUUUGUUCACGGUGACGAGCUGGAUAACUACUUGAAAGAAUUCGAUGCAGACAUCCUGCCAGCAGAUUUUGAUGGGAAAGCCUCUGUUGCUGACUGCCAGGCCAUCGCCACCAAGAUUUUUGGCUCUGAAGACACUGCUCUCUGAAACAGUCCUCCCUUUUCAAACCCAGGAGUCAUAGUGUCCUUCACCCUAGAUGCUUCUUUUGUGAUCAGAUCAGACAUGUGGUCUACUUUGAAGCUAGGUUGAUAUUGUUAUUUUUAUUAUUAAUAUUCAGGCAGUUCCUAUGAGCAAAAAGAAGUAUCUAGAGUUAGGAGCAGGGGGAUGGUUUGCAAAUGAGUAAUAUAUGGUGAUAGAAACGGGAACGAAAAAGGAUGUUUAGAUAUUACAGAGAGAGUAACUGAUGGUUAACAUUUGUGAUUUUAUAGUUCUGACAACUUAUGCUCCUCUUCUGAUUGUUACAGUCCAAGCACAGGGAGGAUGAGAGAGUUUAUAAUGUGAUGAGGUCAGACUGAGUUUGGUUUGGUGUUCUUCGCCUUAAAAAUGAAUUUCACAACAUAUAGAAGUGUCUUGUGCCUACAAUCGUGUCAGAUGAAGGAGAACAGUUGUGUAUUUCAAUUAUUAAGGGUGAAUUCUACAAAGGUACGAGGAGGGGAAACUGAUGAUGGAUAUGCCUGCAUUUGAUUGUUGUUUUAGGAGCCGGAGCCUCCUGAUGCAGUGCCAUGGAAACACUUCUUUGUCUCAACAGCCUUGUUUGUGUUGCUGCACACAGAUGCCUGAUGUACCACAAAGAUCCAUUCUGCAACACGCAUUGGAUUGGGAAAUGUUCAAUAAAAUAGUUUUUUUGUGUGUCUAUAGUUUUAUAUGAAUCGCCAUUUUUAUAAUGUGUUCUUACUGUUAUUUCUGCUAA